UAUUUAAAAAAAAGGUUUCGUUUCACAUGGCUCUAGGCUGAACAACAUAGAUCCACGCUGUGAUAAAUGUUCAGAAGUUUAAGAGUCUCAGCUCUCGACGCCGUAUUUGUCGAAGUGUCUCAUAAUAACUCCCAGCUCCAGCUCCACGGUCCCCAUCGUUUCGGUGUGCAGUCUGUAUCUGUCCGCCCCGCUGUAGAUCAGGUCCGGGUUGCGGAGCUGGGGGCCUCCGCCGACAAACAUUUGCGCCAGCUGCUCCUGCCAGGAGCCGAGCGGCCUCCAGGUCACGCAGCUUAUCCGGUGAUGUCCCGGGCUGGAGGGGACGUGGCAGUAGCCGUAGCCGUACAGCUGGCAGCGGCCGAACGAGUCCUGGUGCCAGACCUGCAGGUGGAGCUUGGGCCAGCCUUGCAGUCCCUUGGUUGCGUAGAGCAGAUCGACGGGGUGACUCCAUUGGAUCCAACCCUAGAGAGACACUUUAAGGGUCAUCGGCACACCGUGACGAGUGUCGACUUCAGCUGUAACAACAAACAGAUUGCCACAGGCUCUGUGGACUCCUGCGUGAUGAUCUGGAACAUGAAGCCUCAGAUGCGAGCGUAUCGCUUUGAUGGGCACAAGGAAGCUGUCACUUCCGUUCAGUUUUCUCCAUCUGGCCACCUGGUGGCCUCCACCUCUAGAGACAAAACAGUGCGCCUCUGGGUGCCCAGCAUGAAGGCAGAGUCAACAGUAUUCAGGGCUCACACUGCCACCGUGCGCUGUGUUAACUUCUCCAGUGACGGGCAGACUCUGGUGACAGCCUCUGAUGACAAGACCAUCAAACUGUGGACGGUCCACAGGCAGAAGUUCCUCUUCUCUCUCAGCCAACACAUGAACUGGGUCCGCUGUGCUAAGUUUUCUCCAGACGGGCGGUUGAUAGUAUCAUCCAGUGACGAUAAAACCAUAAAACUGUGGGACAGGAACAGCAGAGAAUGUAUUCAUUCCUUUUCUGAGCAUGCUGGUUAUGCAAACUAUGUCGACUUUCAUCCCAGUGGGACAUGCAUUGCUGCAGCAAGUACUGACCACUCUGUUAAGGUCUGGGACAUCAGAUCCCACAAGAUGCUUCAGCAUUAUCCAGUCCACAGUGGCGCUGUGAACGGUUUGUCUUUCCAUCCUGCUGGUAAUUACCUAAUCACUGCAUCCAGCGAUUCCACUGCGAAAAUACUGGACCUGGUGGAGGGGAAGCUGCUGUAUACCCUGCAUGGACACCAGGGUCCAGUCACAUGUGUGGCCUUCUCUAGAACAGGGGGUUACUUUUCAUCUGGAGGUUCUGAUGAACAGGUAUUGGUUUGGAAGAGCAACUUUGACGAAAGUAUCGAAAGCAGUAAUGGUGUCAAAUCCCAACGUAAAAGUGCAGCGAGUUCGCAGACUCGACCAGCCAGUUCCACGGCUCAUCUCCAUUUUAACUCUCAUCCACCUCUCCUCAACAGCCAGACCGCUGAAGUAGCAGAGCAACUUAACAGACAAGACUCUCAAACCACGGCCUGCGCUCACAGUUUCAGCCGUAACGGCGUCCACAGCAGAGGGGCUCACUCCUACGCCCACAGAGACGCUACCAUCGGUUCACCCUCCACCCAGCAGACCCAGGGUUUACAACAACCUGCGCCCCAGGAUAAAGGGCUGUCCGAUGCUUCAGAUGGAAGGAUUCCCCCCAGUUUAGCCAACACCCUCGAGCACAUCAUAGGUCAACUGGACGUUCUCACUCAGACCGUCUCAAUCCUCGAGCAACGCCUGACGCUGACGGAGGACAAGCUCAAGGAGUGUUUGGAGAACCAGGUGGAGAUUGGACUGCACCUCCAAAAUCGAGAUGAAGCCUAGAAAUGGAGAAAAAAAAAGAAGAGCAACUGGUCUGGGGGGAAAGAUGGUGGCCACAUCAACACUGUUGAUUUUUUUUUUUUUUUUUUUUAAGAAAGAAGGAAAGCUGACGUUG